AAGAGACUUACUAAUUUUUUGUUGUAAAUUAAAGUUAAGUUGAUUGUGUGUUGGAAAUCAACAAAAGACGGAAAGCAGCAGUCAAUAAACUCGCGCUUAAAAUUUAUAUUUUUUUGAUAUAUAUUUUCUUGCAUUCUUAAAAAAAGAGGAAUUAAGAAGAAUAAGAAUAAGUGAUGAGCUCUCUCGCAGCGUUUGCAAAUUUAGAUGUAGACAAGCUUAUACAAGAUAUAUCCACAAGACCAGCGAUAUGGGAUAAAAACUUUAAUGGACGACAGAAUAAAGGAUAUUUGGAGGAGUUGUGGGAUGAAUUAGCUCAAAUUCAUAAUGCACCGAAAAAAAUUAUCAAGGCAAAAUGGAAAGGCUUAAGAGAUAAUUUUCGAAUACAAUGGAAAAUGAUUCCGCGAAAUGAAAAUGAUGAGUUGAUGAUUGCACCCGAAGAUUUUACAGGCACAAAGUGGCAGUAUUACAGACCGCUUUUAUUCCUUGCCGAUAACAUGGGAAAGUCACGAAACUCCUACAAUUCAGCACAAAUGGAUGAUUCAAGUUACGAAUUAUUGCAAUCAUUUGAGCCAGCUAUUGAAAUUCCAAGCGAUGAUGAAAUCGAUCAAAAAGAGCAAAAGCCUGAUAUCUCACCAAAGUCACGUCAGAAACUCAUGGAUGCGAUCAAUAGAAGUUGUGAUGAGGACUCAUCCUCGCCAGUACAUCAUUCUAAUCAAAAGUCACAAAAUAUGAAAUUGCCACCAAAAUUUCGUGCCAUACCACAUCAUUUAAAUCUUAUGGAUAUACAUAACCUGAUCUCACGUUCAACAAAUGGCGAAACUACAAUCUCAGCUGCUCCGUUAAACCUCGCUCAACAGCACAAUCAACAAUCAAAUCAAACAUCCUCAUCGUCAAAUCCUGCGAAUGCACAUCAACAUCCAAAACGUCGAAGAACUGACGAAGUAACCACAACUGGAUGUGGUGCAAGCUCAAAUGACGAAUUUCCAAGUGAAUCUGGGAAUUUUCCGACUUCCUCAAAUGACGAUGAUUAUCACUUUUUGAUGUCACUGCAGCCGUAUUUGACACAAUUCACCGGACCUCAGAAACUACGAAUUCGUAUGCGCAUACAAAAAUUGAUCUUUAAGGAACUGUACAAAGAUGAACUUGACGAAUAAUUUUAC